UUCUUCUUUAGUUGAUCGUGAGAUUUCAUCUGGAACAGAUCGCAUUUAGUGCCUAAUCAUCCGUUGCAACAGGAGUCUCUGCCAAAAUGGUCACCAAAUCCUUGACUUACUUGGCCAUCUUCAGCCUUUCUUGGGGCUUAAUUGCGGGGACAGCAGUUGAUCAGUAUGGAAUCUUUGGACGUGCAGACAUUUCCACAACGGAACGGAAUAAUGCAGAAUUGCGGUGUAUGAACAUUAGUCCACAGAAUUCUGUGGAUUUCGAGCAGAUAAUGGGGAUCUGGUAUGGCAGCGAGAUCAUCGUACACACUCAAGACUUUCCCGGAACCUACGAGUACGACUCAUGUGUGAUUAUCCACCUAGCCGAUGUCACUGAACAGAUUCAACAGACAAAUGUGUACGGAAAUCAAAACUACAACAGGAAUCGAAACAACUAUGGAAGCCCCACCACAACCACGACUCAAUUCCCUUAUUUCGAGAGAACCACUAGGGGUCAGCAGAAGUUUUUGCGUUUGGUGUGGAGCGAGCGGGACAAUAAUCUGGAGUACACCUUCAACUAUAGCACCUCUACACCCGGUCAGUGGUCAAACAUUGGGGAUCAGCGAGGUUCCUUGGUCACCUUGAACUCCUACACCCAGUUCACUGGAACCGUUCAGGUGGUUAAAGCUGUCAACGAUCAUCUGGUGCUUACCUUCUGCGGGAAUGAUGUAAAGAGCUCUAUAUACACGGUGGUACUCACCCGCAAUCGUCUUGGUUUAACUUCAGAUGAGCUGCGCAGCAUCCGGAAUAUGCUUUCCCGGCGUGGACUUUACACGGAGACCAUUCGCAAGGUCUGCAAUGGCUGUGGCCAGCUGACUGGUAGCCUCUUCACUCUGUUUGCCCUUUUCCUGGUCGUCCGUUUUGGCUGGGGGCGUGGCCAGUAAACGAAAGGGGAUCGCCACAUCGCCGAUCUUUAGCCGGCGUAUUUAAUGAGUCCAGCCAUAUUACGUUAAUUCAUGUAUAUUUUACUUAAGCAAUACAGAAGCGAGAUCGCCGAGUGCACUCCCUGAAAACAAA